AUGGAUGAACAUAAGCCGAAGCCCAUUUUUCGUCAUGUUGAAGAUUGCGAGACUCAAGAAUGGAACCAUCCACAACGUAGUUAUGUCAAGUGGUGGGAACUUAUCAAUGGAGACAUAACGUCAACAACAGGAAUCAUGAUGGGUAUUGCAGAUGUGCCGGUGGGAGCUCCAUCUCCUAAACGCGGGCAUACUCACGAUGCAGAGGAAGUGUACGUACUUCUUUUAACAUUAUUUAAGAAUCCAUUUGUUAUUUUAUUCAUGCAGGUAUUACUUCUUAAGCGGAACAGGAAGAGUUCACGUUGA